AUAAUAAAACUCUUUGGGAAAAGGCAUUGUCCUGAGUUUUAAUCGGCUUUGGAGGAGUAGAAGAAUGAAAGCCUAAGACCUGUCCAGUCUGUACUUUUUAUCUCAGUCCAACUUUGGUGUUGCCUUGAUAUUACUGGGCCUAGGCUAUUAUUCCUAUAGAAAUAAUGGUAAAGGGCAUAUAUUACCUUAAAAAAAUGGGGGAAAGGUAAGAAUAAAAUUUGAAGUUUCCUAAAGAAAUUCUCUCAUUCCUGCCACUGUCUCUGUCUCUUCAGCCCCCAUCCUAAAUGCCCAUACAUAAAUCAGCCUUCAGCCACUUGUAGGGAUUUCUCACAGUAUUUUUGGUUUGCUUAUUUUUUAAAUUUUUUGUUGAUAUUUAUUGUUAGGAAUGUUAUUCUCUCCAUUUUGUAAUUUCUGUAGAGCUGAUUUUGGGACUCACGAUCUUCAUGGUGAUUGAUAAUCCUGCCAUAAUGUUUAAUCUGAAAUCUUAAUGUUUUAUUCACAGGGAGGAAUACAAUUUUUUCAUCUAUAAUUUGGAAGCAAAGUAAAAUAACAAAAUGAAGCCAGCAAAACAUCUGUUAGCCUCUAGUAAUAAAUUGGCAAAUGUUCCAGAAUUCACUUACAAAAAAGGACUGUUGAAUUUACCAUUGUCACCUAAACCAAAGAAAAAACAUAGUACAAAAUUAGUACGUGAUAAACUUGAACCAAUGGUCUUAGGAUCUCCACCAACAGGGGAAUCCAUCAUAAGGUAUGCUUUGCCCAUUCCAUCAAGUAAGACAAAGGAGUUAAUAGCAGAAGAUGAAUUGAUCAGGAAAAUUACCAAACAUCUGAAGAUGAUUGUUUCUACUUUGGAAGAAACCUAUGGAUUUGGCAUUCAAAAUGGAGAAAAAUCAGUUGUGAAGCCUGAACCUGAGGAAUUAACUUUAUCGGUUGGGGAUGAUCUGAAUUCAUUCUUGAGAUGUUGUUCACAAUUUGCUGCUCAGUUAGAAGAAGCAGCUAAGGAAGAACGUAACAUUUUGGAAUCUCUUUUUAAGUGGUUUCAGCGACAGGUCAAUCAGAUGGAAGAGAUAAGUAAAGAUCAAACUUUUUUAGAGGCAGAGUUUCCAGCACCUGACAGAAGAGCCACCUUAAACGUUGCGCAAGUAGUAGAGCAGGUGCAAGCACUAGAAGUACUGAAAAAUCACCUUAAACAACAGUCUAAAUACUCCUUGAGGACCGCAUUGUCUAAAGCCAAGGAUAGUGAAAAUUUACCAGGAGCAGUACAUAGUUACGAAGCUGUACAGCAGAUAAUCGAAGAAUUCAUAAAAACCCACUCAACUGAAGAAUUUAUAGAUGUCUCUGCAACUGAUCCACAAACUGCUUACUCCCUGAGGAAGAGAUUAGAUGUCAUGUUGAAAAUAUUUGAAAAACAGUCAAAUAUGUUGGAGAGAGCUGUGAGUGAUCAAGGUUUGUUAGAGGCUAAAUUCAAACAAAUGGAAAGUGAUUUUCAAGUGUUAUUAGAGGAGAAAUUGGGGCUGGAAAAUGAAUUACAAAAGCUGAAGAAUACUGAGAAAACAAAGUCAACGUACAAUAGGACAAAGAAAACUAUAAAAACUGAGAAGAAAAAAGACAAAGGAAAACCUGAGGAUUCAGAAGAGAAGAAACCUCUAGUCAAAGAAAUAAAAGGAGAUUUGCUUCAAGUCCAGAAAGUAGCCCACGCUCUGGAAAUUGAGAACAAAGUCCUUCAGGAACAACUGAAACAGGCUUUCCAGGAAGCUGAAAGAGCGAAGCAUCAACUUGACUAUUUCCUAAAUCAAGGGAAAGAAUUAUUUAAAAGUGAAGGGAAGACCAAGACAACAAUGGAAAUGGGUAUUAGUAAAAUAAAAGUUGAAGAUUCAAAAGAUAUACCAUUGGAGAGAGGAAGAAGACAAUCACUAGUUAAAGAUUCAGGUGGACAAAAGACAGAUUCUAAAAUCCGAGAACAUCUACAGACCCAGGAUAAAUCCUUAACAAGACUAUUAUCAAACGAAGAGAUUGAAGACUUACUGUCUGUCAAGACAUCACUUCAAGGGGAUGGAACAGCAACAGCGUCACUCAUUUCAUAUCCUGUUCUUACCAGAAGAAAGCCAAUGGAUAGUGACAUCUCAAAGGCUGUUGGAGAAGAGAAAUUACAAAGUAAGACUGAAAAACAAACUUACCAAGAAGCAAGAGAAUUUCAAGGCUUUUGGGAUUUUCAUAGAGACUGCACUGAAUCUGUAGAUCACCUUGGGAAGUACUGUCAUCUUAAUAGUAUUAAGUCCCCCAAUUCAUGA